CUCUCUAGAAACCUUAGAGAGGGGAAAACCCGUAUUUCAUCAACCCCUCCUCUCUCUCUCUGUAUCGGCGGUUAAUUGUCUCCUUAUAAAACUCUUCCUUCCUCAAACUAACCCUAUUUAUUUUUAUUGCAAAACUCCUCUCUCUGUCUCCACACAUCGUUCCUUGUGUUUUACAAUUUUCCAUUGGGAUUUUCAGUUAUUUGCAGCUGAGAGCUCAAUAUAAAGCUGUAAUGGGUAGCAGAAAAUUGAUUCGUGACCUCUUUCUUUCAGAGCGCAUGCUUUCCCUGCAUCAAACUCAAUCUUUACAGGCAGCGUACUCUCGUUCUAUUUGUGCCCCCGGGGUUUCAGCCUCUCGCCGAUUCAGUGUUUUCAAUGAGUUUUCAAAGCAAUUCAAGGGACAAGCCAAUAGUAAUCCGGAAUUCCAGAAAACGAUCAAAGACUUGAAAGAGAAAGCAGGAGGUUUGAAAGAAGUUAAAGAAGAACUGAAAGUUAGAACUAAGCAGACGACUGAGCAGCUUUACAAGCGUGUGGACGAUGUUUGGACUGAGGCUGAAAGCCAAGCAAAAAAGGUUUCUGCUAAUUUGAAAGAGAAGAUCUCAGCUGCUACAGAGGAGGUCAAAGACUCUUUAGGGCUUGGAAAAGAACCACCAUCAGGGUCAUCAAGUACUGUAGGUAAAAAGAAUGGAAGCCAUGCUGCAUCAGGAGAAGAAAAAGCUCAGUUUUCUGAUGCUAGCACCAGUCAAGAAACACAAGAAGCAUCUGAAACAUUAUUUAGCAGAUUUCGGCAAACAGUCUGUUCUUCUACUCAGGCCACUGGGGCCUUUCAAAAAUUAAAGGAUGCUUCAUUUGUGGAAUUAGCUAAAAAGGGUUUCGAAAUAAUAAAUGAGGAGUUGAAUGGCAACCCAACUAAGAGGAAGCAUAUGCAACGUGCUGCUGCCACAUCAGCAAAUGGGCAAAGGAGCACGGCAACUGAUAUUGUUCUUGUACCCAAGAAGCAGUCACAAUGGGAGGCAUUUAAAGAAAAGGUGCAAGCACAUCCAAUUUUCAAGCGUAUUAAUGGGAUUAGUGAACCUGUUGUAACCAAGGGUCAGGAGAUAGCUGAAGACAUGAGGGAGCGGUGGGAAACCAGUGAUCAUCCUGUUGUUCAUAAGAUUCAAGAUCUGAAUGAAACUGUUUUUGGCGAAACGGCGGCAGCAACAGCUUACAGGGAAAUACACCUUCGUGACCCGUCAUUUUCGUUGCCAGAGUUUCUUGCUGAAGUUCAGGAAAUGAUUUCUCCUACACUUAAUGCCUAUCUCAAGGGUGAUGCAGAAGUACUGAAGAAAAAUUGUUUUCCUGAAGUAAUUGAACGGUGUUUAGCAGAGCGUAGAGCUUACGUAAGCCAGGGGAUCUUUUUUGAUAACAAGAUUUUGCAUAUAUCUGAUGCAGAAGUUGUAGAACAAAAAUUGAUGGGAAGCACUCCUGUAAUCAUCAUUAUGUUUCGAACACAGCAAGUCUACUGUGUCCGUGAUAGCUAUGGUGCCAUCACUGAUGGUGGCAGGGACACAAUUCAUGCUGUAAUCUACGUGUGGGCAAUGCAGCUGAUGGACGCCGAAGAGCUUGGUGAGGAUGUGUUUUACCCAAUGUGGAGGUUAAGAGAGAUGCAGCAAAUGGGCAUUCAGGCUCUCAUCUAGAUUUUCUCAUGUAACAUAUCUUUACAGCUUUUUUUCUUUUGGGUAAUUGUUACAGCUUUUUUUUCCCCACUGGGUGAUAUAAUCUUCAUUUUUUUUCUGAGGAGUAGGAUGAUACAUGCCAAGUUUGUUAAAGAUAAUUAUUUGGGGAAUUUUCAUUUAUUCAAAUGCAAUAUUUAUAGGUCA